AUGGCGGAAAAAGCGGAUUUGCUUUCCCUUGGAACACACUGUAGUUUAAAGGAUUGUAAACGGCUCGACUUUCUACCUUUCAGAUGCUCACAUUGCAAAGAGAUUUUCUGGUAACGGUUUUUUAAAAUAUUUUACUGAACACUUCUGACUGUGGGGGAAGAACAUCCACCACUGGAAAGUAGGGUAACUUUCAUUUUGGGGCUAGCUUUAACUAGUCCCGUUUGUAGUGUCAUUUUUGAGAGGUUAUAGAAUACAAUAUAGAGUCUUUACAGAGUGUCAAAGAAUCUUGAAUCAAUUCUCAGCCUUAAAAUUUUUUUUGAGCCACAAAGAUGCCUUUCUGAUCAUUUUUUUUUCAAAGUUUCAGCUCGACCAAUGGCCAUGUUUAAAGUUUGAAACUUGAAACUAGAUUCACCUUUUGUUUCUCUACUGUACUAAUUUAUUGUUCAGAUAUUAGGUAUUUAAUAUUUAUAUUUUUCUUUUUUAUGAGAAAUUAAUAACAGAAAGGAAAUGAUGAUUUUACGUAGGAUGAUUAUGCUCCUUGCUAUUCACUGUUAACUUGAGUUUCUUGUUUCCUACUAGUUUGGAUCAUCGCACACCUGAAGGCCAUCAAUGUCGAGAUGUCGUUACAUCUGAUGUAAGUAGUGCCAAAUAAAAAGUAACAGUUACUUGAAUUUUACUCCAGCCUGCUUUUUGCAGAGACUGGGGGUUUCAAGUGGUCUUGAUAAAACCCCUCCCCCACACUACUGCCUGAAAAGUUCCAGUAACUUUCAAAGAGAACCAGUCCCUUGAGCAGGAGGAUGUUGGUUCAAACCAGAACUGGAUUAUAAACCAGGUUCUUUGGUUCUUUAAAAUACUGGUAAUCGCUUUAUGUAAGGGAAUACAGAUUCCGGAAUCCAGGAAAUGUUUGAUUGUGGAAUCUGGAAUCUUGGACUUUUUUCCUUGUGGAAUCCAAAUUCCUGGGCUUUGAAAUCCAGAAUACAGUAUCUGGAAUCCAAACUUCACAGGGUGAAGUCCAGAAUGGAAGACUGUCUUGGAUUUCCUUACAAUAGGGUGAUGUUAAGAUCGGGCUGGCUGUGAUUUAAGCUAGACCUUGUUUCAGUUCAGAUGAUCGCAUUAUUGGGUGGUGAGGUUAUGCUGUUGGCCUCGUCUUUAUCCUUCAGAUUUCAUUAGUCAAUGCUAAAGAGUUUGAAAAGAGCAGGGGAUGUUUCCCUGGUGGUAUGGUCUACCUUUCAAACAUCAUUCAUAUCAUGGGCUGCCUAUAUUUCAAACAUCAUUCAUAUCGUUUUUUUAUGGAUGGGACAUGUCUUUUGGGCUGAUCCUGCACCAUAACUGAUUGAAAUAAAAAUUUUCCGAAGAAGAGGGCUUUUGCUUAAUGUGUUAAGAUACAUAUCAAACGAUAUAGCAGAUUUUGUAUGUCUGUCAAGCGACUGCACAGUUUUUAUGGAUGGGACAUAUCUUUUGUCCUCUCAUACUUGACAUUUCAUCCACUCAUUCAUUCAUAUUGCUGUAGCAGCUAUGUGUUGUAUUUCAGCAGCACAAAUUUAUUGUACUUUUUGCUUAUUUCUGGCUUCUCAACCAACAGGUUCAUGUUCCUGUUUGUCCGAUCUGUAAUCAAAUCAUAAAGAAAUCCAAAGAUGAAGAUAUCAAUAGACAGGUGAGCAAUUAAACUAAUCAUAUUUGUCUGAAAUGUGGUUGUACCUACUGAUGGUGAGUCACAUGUUAAAUAUGAAUUUUGGCAAGUUGUUAGAAGUACCUCUAAUUAAAGCUGCAUUCACUUAAAAUGCCAAAAUUUGGUGUUGGUUUAUGGGAUGUUGCCAAACCAAAGUGGUCUCCUUUAUAAAAAGGUCACAUAUCUUUUUAUUUACUAAUAGAGUAGUGCACAAAAUUCCUGAUUUUCAGUAUGAGCAGUUGCCAUGUUUUCUAUAAAAUUUAAUUUGACUUAUACUGUAAGUUUCAUAGUACAUAUACAGCAAACUUAGGCAUCAGACUGUGCAGUUUUUGCUUGUACUUUUGGCCAUGGUUGUUCAUGAGAGAUGGUUCUUUAACUGUUAACUUAAAAUUGAUUUGACUGGGAAUUUUUCUGGUUUGGAAAUGUUGUUGCUUACUAAUGGUGAUCUCUUGCACUGAUUUUAAGAAGUUAAUUCUCUCCCAUAGAAGUGGACUGUAUUAUUUUACAACUGGAAUAUAUUGUGCUGGGAUUUAAGGAUGAUGUUUCCGUAUCGUUUAAAAAACAGAAAAGCAAAGGAGUAUUGAUGUCACUGGACGGCAUUAACGGCCAGUUGAUUCAGACAUUACUGAAGGAAUGAAAACUACUCAAAGUAAUUGUUUGAAAUUCAGGCUGUUUAUUGAAAUUUCGAAUCACAAUAAAAGUUAUACUUUUCCUUUUUUAAAAAAAAAGCAAAACAAAACAAAUCUUAAACAGUGGCAUGCAUGUGUGAGAUGAUUGGCCGAUUUCAUCCUCAUUGUACAACUACUCAUUGCAGUUGUCAUUGUGUCAUUUGUUUUACAUGAAAUAGGUAGAACAGCAUAUUAUCAGUGGCUGCAAGACCCUGGUUGUUGGAAAACCAAAGAAAAGCAACAAGUGUUCUUUGAAAACUUGUCGGCAGCAUGGUCUUAUGCCAUUUGUGUGCCCUGACUGCCGUAAGAACCACUGUAUAAGGUGAGAAACAUUUGAUUGACAUUUACACCAUGAAAAGAAAUCAUUUUUUUUCCAUUGGUAUUAUGCAUAAAACAUUGCAAUCCAAUGAAUCAACCCAUUUGCUGCUAGAAACUUUUCUCCCAAAAAUGCCAUUUGAAGCUAGUGAAGCCCUUAUCUUAUGACAAGCUCUCCAAAAAGUAACUUUAGCUUAAUCAAGUGCUAAAGUAUGUCUUGGCUGCACAGGCUAAUGAAAAAGAGGCAAAUGAUCCAAAACGUGAUUAAUUUUUACAAGUUGAAUUAAUGCUAUGCUGGCUUUCAUUCCUGGUGUGUGAAGAUGACUCUACUAUCUUGGAUUUUGUCACAGCUCACUUUCUUUCUUUUCUUCUGUUGCUCCCCUUCCAUGUUUCCUCUUUUUGCAGGCCUUCUAGUGAGCUUUUCUCCCAUGAGAAGUCACAAGUUUUCACAAAUACACCAAGGAUCUAUAAAUAUAUUUAAAGAUAGUAGGGGUGUUAGUGAAUCAAUUUUUUUUUCCUGUGAAUGACUCAAGACUUAAUCAUGUUCAUUUGGGCAUGAUGUCAGUAGUACAAGGAACAUGGGUGUAAAUAAUCUGUUUUAAUGAUUCUCAAACCUUUAUAAUUUUGAGCAAAAGGUCAAGCACUAAAAAAGUAAAAACAAACAAACAUUCACAUCUGUUUUGCAAAAAAUUUCCAGCCAUUUUUCAUUUAACCCUAUAUCAGGCUCAAUUUUCGUUUCGCUUUGUAACAACAUUCUGGCGGGCAAGGUGAAACAAAUUCAGAGCCAAUUUUGGCGGUAGCCAUUACAGAGAAUGUAUGACUGAGAACUGCUAAAAUUGGGCCUGAUCUGAGGUUAUUUUUCAUUUUAAUGUCUGGGCAAUACCGUGGGUGCCAGAGACUUUUCAUGCACAGUUUCCAGUUUUGGUCAUGUCUUUGUAGUGACACAGCGACACUGUAGCAUUCCUCUGCAUACGGUGAGAAAAAGUUCUCUGGUACCCGGGAUAUGUAUGCAAAGACCUGUCUGUCUUACACAAAUUGAAAUGACUUCUUUUUUUUUCUUUUUCAGGCACAGGCAUGCAGAAGAUCAUCUUUGUACUGCUUUACAAGUGCCAAUUAUAUCCUGUGCUUGACACUGAAAUCAGUGAAGAUGAUGAUGAUGCUGACUUGGCGACUUUAACGUGCAUUGAAAAUGACAUUCAGCAAUGUUAACAAUAUAUGAAGUGUUUGAUUGCUGUAAUUAUUGGUCCAAAUGACCUGCUCUUGCUACUCCAUUGUAGAUAAAUGUGUUAAUAUAUUCCACUGCAAACUCAGUCAGCUGCCCUUCGCCAGCUAUAGAGGCCAUAAAUGACAAUUAUUUAUUAUUUACGGUAAAGAUUUUUAUGGAAGUAUAUUUUUCUUAAAAAAGUGAACAAUAUUAUUGUACACACAUCUUGCUGUUGUUCAUUUUUGUAUUCGAUUGAAGUUAUAAAUCUGAGCUAUGCUUUAUCUUUAGUGUUGUUAAUGGUAACCAGAAGGAAACCACAGCUGCAGUGGAGGCGUCACGCAAAUAAUGGGAUCAAUAAGCUUAAUUGUGCCUCUACACUUGCGUUGAAAUUUUGGUAUAUAAUGCUCUGCCGAUAUUUACGAACCUCAUUGAAUCCAAAGAUUUGUUGAAAAAAAGAACGCCUGAUGACCAAUUUUCCUUUCUCGCUUGAAUGGUCUUACUUACAGUUAUUUAGGAGCUUUAGCAAUAGGUUUUAGGCGAGCCAAGCGAUCCGAGCGGUAGUCUGGGGUCUGGGGAUGGGAAAAAACUCGCUUCCCUGCCAUUUAUUUUUUUGCUCUCGUUUUCAGCCUUUCUCCCCCACUGCGGAGCCUGGGUAACGUUAGGGAGCUUUAGCAACGCCGGAUGACAGUAGCCUACGAGUAGUUCCCCACUUUUUCUCAAGGAUAGUAGAGCGAGCUGAACGAGAGCGC